AUGGAUAAUUACACAGAAGCCCCAGACGACUACGACGUCUUCAUCAGCGAUGAUCCGAAGAAGAACGACCACGAGGUGGUGGAGGUGGAACCACCACCACCGUGUGACAGAUACACGGCCCAGGUCCUCUCAGCCCAGCAGGUGCUGCCUUUCAGCGGCACCCUGUUGGUGGCCGGUCUCCUGGGCAAUGCCUUGUUUGUGUUUGUCCUGGUCAAAUAUAAAGGACUGAAAUACGUGGACAAAACCUAUUUUCUGAACUUGGCCAUUUCCAAGAUGUGCUUCUUGCUUUUCCUGCCCUUCUGGUUUCACACUGCUCUGGAGAGGAGAAGCGCCGAUGAGCCGCUGUGCUGGGUUUUCGCAGGACUCCGCUCGGUGGGUGUGUUCAGUGAGGCGCUUUUCAACACCCUCCUGAUCCUGCAAAGGUAUGCAGUGUUUUUCCACGUGAGAUGGUUGUCCCCAGCCUUCAGGACGACGCCGGGCACUGUGAUUACAAGUGUUCUGACGUGGGUAGUGGCCUCUCUGGUCGCUUUGCCUGAACACGUGCUUUAUCAACCUCAGGUGGGAUUCCAGGGAGACCAGUGGUGCUCCUUGAGCAGAUCCCACUUUCUGCCAGCUCAUGAGGCCUUCUGGAAGCAUUUUCUGACUCUGAAGAUGAACAUUUUGGUACUGGUUUUCCCGCUGCUCGUUUUUGUAUUUUGCUACGUGCGAAUGAGAAACCGACAGAGGCUCAGGGAGAGUCCGCCGGACCUUUCUAGGCUCCCUUUUGCCCUGACCGCCCUCUUCCUUUUCAUGUGGGCACCCUACAACAUCGUGCUUUUCCUGUCUGCUUUCAAAGAACACUUCUCCCUCCAGGACUGCAAGGGCACCUACCGACUGGACAUGAGCGUUCAGGUCACAGAGAUCGCGGCCAUCGCCCUCUGCUGCGUCACCCCUCUUCUCUGUGUGUUUCGGAACAGGACACUUAGGAGAUACCUCUGCAGGCAGCUCCUCUGGUGUAAGGACACCUCGCCUCAGCCCAGCGAGGGGUCAGACCCAGGUACAUCAAGGCAAGAUGAAGUCCACAGCACUGAAAUGUAA